CUAAUGACGUACACAAACAGCUCCAGAACCAUUUGCUGAUUUCUAGCAAGAAGAUUGAAAUGAGCCUAAUCGCAUCUCGAAUUUCAAUCUUUGCCGGUGAUUCUUUUUCAUCCAGACUGGAACAUACUAAAGUCUUGCUGGAUUCUUGUAAAAUGUAAGUAGAAAUACCAGAAAUGCAAACAUUUUCAUCAAAAUGAGCUGCUCAAAAGUAAAUGACGUCACGGAACAAAACUAUUGGAUGGAAUAGAAAUCAAUCGACAAUGAUUCAAAGAGAGCCUUGAGAGGUCCUCAAAAUUCUUGAUAGCGAGACUUGUGUCUGCUGUGUGUGUGUAUGUUUGCAGGGAAGCUCAAGCUUGCCUCGGGGCGGCAGGUGUCAUUUGUUUUUGCCUGCAUAGCUGAAGUGCGGCACUAUGGUGCACCUGCUGCGGCUGGUGGGGGCGCGGGCGCUCUGCGCGCGGCGAGUGGGCUCGCCGCUACUGCCGCCGCCGACACGCGCCAUCAGCCAGCAGGCUCAGCGGCAGAUGGACACGCUGCGGCCCAAGGUGCGUGAGUUCGUCGAGCGGACGGUGCGUAUGUGCCAGCCGGCUGAGGUACACGUAUGUGACGGGUCGGAAGCCGAGAACGCCAACCUGCUGAACCAGAUGGCCGAGAGCGGCGUGCUUGAGCCGCUGACUAAGUACGACAACUGCUGGCUGGCCCGCACUGACCCGGCCGACGUGGCGCGCGUCGAAUCCAAGACAUUCAUCGUCACAGAGGAGAAACGCGAGACCGUGCCGAUUCCGCGCAAGGGCCGCAAGGGCAUGCUCGGUAACUGGAUGUCGCCCAAGGCGCUGGAACAUGCAGUUGCCGAGCGUUUCCCCGGCUGCAUGCGCGGCCGCACGCUUUACGUUGUGCCGUUCUCAAUGGGACCGGUUGGUUCCCCGCUCAGCAAGAUCGGCAUCGAGCUCACCGACUCUCCGUAUGUGGCCGCCUCGAUGCGCAUCAUGACCCGGAUGGGCAGUAAGGUCCUCGAGACGCUUGGUGACGACGACUUCGUCAAGUGCUUGCACUCGGUUGGCCGGCCGGUGCCCGUCAGUAAGAAGCCCAUCAAUAACUGGCCCUGCAACCCGGAGAACACAAUCAUCGCGCACGUGCCAUCAAAAAACGAGAUCAUCUCCUUCGGCAGCGGCUAUGGCGGUAACUCACUGCUCGGCAAGAAGUGCUUCGCGCUGCGCAUCGGCUCGACGAUCGCACGUCGCGAAGGCUGGCUGGCCGAGCACAUGCUGAUCCUGGGCAUCACCAACCCGGCCGGCCACAAACGUUACAUUGCCGCCGCAUUCCCGUCCGCUUGCGGCAAGACCAACCUGGCCAUGCUUCAGCCGUCACUUCCUGGCUACAAGGUGGAGUGCGUCGGCGACGACAUCGCCUGGAUGAAGUUCGACGACAAGGGCGUGCUCCGCGCCAUCAACCCCGAGAACGGCUUCUUCGGCGUGGCUCCGGGCACUUCGUCGGCCACCAACCCGAUCGCGAUGAAGACCAUCUUUUCCAACACGCUCUUCACGAACGUCGCCAAGACGAGUGACGGCGGCGUCUACUGGGAAGGCCUGGAGAAGGAGGUGGACACUUCCGUGGGCAUCGUCGACUGGCACGGCGAUCCGUGGACGACCGGCAGCGGAGCGCCGUCCGCGCACCCCAACAGUCGAUUCUGCGCGCCGGCCGCUCAGUGCCCCAUCAUCGACCCGCAGUGGGAGUCGCCCGAGGGUGUGCCCAUCUCGGCCAUCCUGUUCGGCGGCCGCCGACCUCUGGGAGUGCCCCUGGUCUACGAGGCCUUCAACUGGCAGCACGGCGUGUUCCUUGGCGCCGCGAUGCGGUCCGAGUCGACAGCCGCCGCCGAGCACAAGGGCAAGGUGAUCAUGCACGAUCCGUUCGCGAUGCGGCCAUUCUUCGGCUACAACUUCGGUCACUACCUGGCCCACUGGCUGUCGAUGGAGCAGCGUGGCACGCCGGCCACCAUGCCCAAGAUCUUCCACGUCAACUGGUUCCGCAAGGCGGCUACGGGCGGAUUCCUUUGGCCCGGCUUCGGUGAGAACACGCGCGUGCUCGACUGGGUGCUGCGCCGUGUCGACGGAGAGGACUGCGCCCAGGAGUCGGCCAUCGGCCUGGUGCCCAAGCCCGGCUCGCUCAACCUGGAGGGUCUGAAGGAGGCUGUGGACAUGCAGGAGCUGUUCAGCAUCCCCAAGGAGUUCUGGCAGCAGGAGGUAUCGGCUGUGGCGCAGUACCUGGAUGAACAGGUCGGCGAGGACCUGCCAUACCCGAUCGUCGAGGAGCUGGAGCACCUUCGCCAGCGGGUGGAGAAGCUCUAGAGGCGCCUUCCGGACGCGAAGGUGGCUCCUGUCCCCUACUGCCGCCAGUGCAACUCGCCAGCUGUCGCGCCGUCCGUUAUAUGGACCUGUUGUAGACGCCAGUAGCGACUCAGCGGGUGGUGGCCCUGUGUGCUCGACGUGAAGUCCUCUGGCUGUAUUGGUAUUCAAGAUUGGUGCAUUCGGCUUAGAGCGGGUUAGAGACGGAAUACUUGGUUAAGGGCUUUACUGGAGUGCAUCUUUGAUAUUGCACAUUCCAUUCACAUUCCCCUCUGCGCUUGGUUUGCUGGUUGUGUUUUGUAUCGAUUUUAUGUGUGGCAAAAGUAUAUUUUAACAUUAUUUACAUACUCGUGGCGCAUUUCAUGAGACUGUGAUCAAUGAUUCCAAAUGUGUUUUUUUCCACCACUCCCUCUAAGGGCAGUUCCUAGUUUGAUUACGCAUGUCUCAACUGAGGGUCCCACCUCCCAGAUGUCACUUUUCUUCCUUUUUAUAGUUUUUCUUCGACCAUUCAAUGGUUUCACCUAGGCUGAGUCAUCUGCAUUGUUUUUGUAACAUCUUAUGGGCGCCUAGAUCAUGACAAGACCAGAACGGUGCUUAAAAACGUUACGUCUCUUCCUGUGACCAAGACGCAGUCGUGUAAAAAUAUAUCUGAUUUCUUGAAAA